CCUCUUACCUAAUUUUUUUAAUUUUUUUUUACUAAUUACUAUUACAACAGACUAUAAUUACGUAUAAACCAUGUUCUUUUACGAUUAAUUAAUUAUAGUUUAACCUACCUAGUUCCUAUCACUUAUUAUUUUAAAGUAAAAUAAUUUUUUGCCAUUAAAAAAACACCUGAUUAAAUUUAAGAACGUUAUUUUUUUCUCAUCUAAUUACUGUUAUUAAGUAUUGUUAUGCUGGGUCUUAGUAAAGCAAAAAUUCGUGUUAAUCGCUUAUGGAGUAUUUCAAAAACAGUGUUUCCAGAAACACCUGUGAUAAUUUAUCCUAACUACAAUCAUUAUAAAAUUCAACAAUAAAUUUAUCCUCAAGAAGUAUGGAAAAAAUCAAAAAUCGUUUGGCUCAGGAGAGAUCGCCUUACCUUUUACAGCACGCAGAAAAUCCCGUUCAAUGGUAUCCAUGGGGUGAUGAAGCAUUUGAAAAAGCCCGUUUGGAGAAAAAACUUAUUUUUCUAUCGGUUGGUUAUUCUACUUGUCAUUGGUGCCAUGUAAUGGAGCAUGAGUCAUUUGAAAAUCAAGAUGUUGCAGCUGUCAUGAAUGAACAUUAUAUAAAUAUUAAAGUGGAUCGAGAAGAACGACCUGAUGUAGAUCAACUGUACAUGACUUUUGUUCAGGCAGCGUGUGGUCAAGGAGGAUGGCCAAUGAGCGUAUUUUUAACACCUGAUUUGAAACCAAUUGGUGGUGGAACAUACUAUCCGCCAAAUGAUGCAUAUGGGCGUCCUGGAUUUAAAACUAUUCUUUUACACAUGGCUAAUAAAUGGAAAAAUGAUUCAAACUCAAUGUUGGAAAAUGGUACUAAACUGAUGAAAAUACUUAAACAAACUACAGCUUUUGAUAUACAACUUGGUACUGAACUUUCUAACAUUAUGAAACCUAAUCCUAAGACAUGGAUAACAUGUUACUCACAAAUUGAAAGAAUUUAUGAUGAUGAAUGGGGUGGUUUUGGUAUGCCACCUAAAUUCCCUCAGCCGACAAUAUUAGAUUUUCUGUUUCAUGUUUCUUACAAAAUGUCAAAAUCAUCUGAGGGGAAAAAAAGCUUGGAAAUGGCAUUGACUACUUUGCAAAAAAUGACCAUGGGUGGCAUACAUGAUCACAUUGGUCAAGGUUUUGCUAGAUAUUCUACUGAUGAAAAAUGGCAUGUACCACAUUUUGAAAAAAUGUUGUAUGAUCAAGCACAGUUAGCUGUGUCAUAUACCACAGCCUUCCAAAUAACCAAACAUGAGCAGUAUUCAGAUGUUGUUCAUGAUAUCUUGCAAUAUGUCAGUAGAGAUUUAAGUCAUGAGCAAGGUGGAUUUUAUAGUGCUGAAGAUGCAGAUUCACUACCUACAGCUGAUUCUACUAAAAAACGUGAAGGUGCUUUUUUUACUUGGACACAAGAAGAAAUUAAAACACUUUUAGACAAACCCCUUGAUUCAAAAUCUAAUUUUAAGCUUUCUGAUCUAUUUUGUUGGCAUUUUAGUGUUUUACCUAAUGGCAAUGUUCGACCAGACUCGGAUCCUCAUGGAGAAUUAUUGGAUCAAAAUGUGUUGAUAGAGUUCAGAAGCAAGGAAAGUACUGCCAAAAAGUUUGAAAUAACUGUGGAAAAUGUAGAAAAAGAACUAAAAAUUGCAAAAAACAUACUAUAUGAAGCACGAAAAAAUAGACCUCGCCCACAUUUAGACAAUAAAAUAAUAACUUCAUGGAAUGGACUAAUGAUAACAGCAUAUGCAAGAGCAGCAUCAGCAUUUAAUGUAGAGGAAUAUAAACAAAGAGCUAUUAAAGCUGCUGAAUUUCUUGAAAUGCAUGCGUGGGACUCCAAUAUUAAUUUAUUAUUAAGAUCGUGUUAUGUAAAUGAUGAUGGAAAUAUCGCUAACAUAGAAAAACCCAUUCCAGGUUUCCUCAAUGACUAUGCUUUUCUCAUACGUGGUCUUUUAGAUUUGUAUGAAUGUACAUUACAGUCUAAAUGGUUGAAAUGGGCUGAUGAACUACAAGCACAGCAAGAUGAGUUGUUUUGGGAUAAAGAGAAAUUUGGAUACUAUUCUUCGUCUGACAAAGAUCCAAGUAUCAUUUUGAGGUUCAAGAGUGAUCAUGAUGGAGCUGAACCUGCUGGUAAUUCAAUAUCGGCAUUAAAUCUAUUAAAACUAUCAAUGUUGACUGAAAAGUCUGAAUACCGUUCAAAAAUUGAUCCUUUAUUUUUGACAUUUGCUGGCCGUCUGUCUAAUAGUCCAAGUGCUUUACCAGCAUUAGUGUCUGCUCUCACUUUACAUUUUGAUUCAAUGACUUCUGUAUACGUUACUGGUGAUUUAGACAAUCCUGAUCUAGAAACAUUAUUAUCUGCAAUUAGACAACGUUAUAUGCCUAAUCUUGUGUUAGCUCAUGCUGAUAAAAACUCUUUAUCAGAACUAGCAAAAGGUUUAGCAAUAGCAGAGAAUGGGAAAGUUGCUGCAUAUGUAUGCAAGAAUAAUACAUGCAAUUUACCAGUGCAUAGUACAGAAGAGUUAAUUGCCUUAUUAGAUGGGACGGUAGAAAAGCCCAUUAGUGUAGUUGCUUAGUAUAAAUAUUAAAUGUAUUUUUGGUUUUGUAACAUUUUAAAUGCUUUUAUUUAUUAUUUAAUGUUAUUAAUGUAUGUUUACAUAUUGUGUAUCAAUAUAUUUACUUAUAUGUUCCAAAUACAUUAUUUAUAUAUUUUUUUAUCUUAACAA